AGGAAGGAACCUUUGAAGAACUGAUCGCUAGGAAAGUUGGUCCUUAAUUCCUAUUAUUUGCCCUCAGCUUAGUUGUAUUGUAAAGCUGAUGCUUUCAUUUUUAUUGACGCCCGGGGGGUAAUUACCACUACGUAGCAAACCUGCGAGUGGAAACCUGUACAGUUUGGCUGGGGGAGGGGACAAAAGCAGCGCCUCGCAGUUUGUCCUCAAUUUGUUUUGAAAGGGAGAAAAAGGACCGUCGUGUCCGAAGCCCAGGUGAACCUUUCUGGCGAGUCAGCAGGGAGCAGCCUGGCGUUUGCUAUUCCACGCCAUCCCUUUCGUGUAAACAGGGGUGGCGUGACUCUCUCUUGGUCAAGUCGGCAGAAGUCGGCUGGCCGCGCUCGGAGGAAGGCGCUCCAGUGGGCCCCUCGGCAGUGCCGCUCUGUCAUUUGCUGAAGGAGGCGAAGAACAGCCCGGGCUCUAAGCAGGGCGGUUCGUGUGCUCACUGGCGAGUGGAAGGCGCCACACAUGCCAAGCUAAAGGCAGUCGUUGGGUCCCUAACAGGACACAACGUCUUGCAAACAUAUGCGCGAAGCUGUGUCUACAGAUGGCGGGGAGAAUAAUGGAGCGGGCGCCUUUUAUAAAGCUCUAGCUGCUGCCUGUCUUCAGACCUGGGAAAUGAAACUCUUCAGACUCAGGGCCAGCUAGCGCCUGGGCUUGUUUGUCACCGCUUUAAUCCUAUUAAUUAAAGCGUUAACCUGAUUGGGUAGAGAGCUCUGUCCCAACAGGCGAGUCUUCCUCAUAAUAACCUACUCGCCGAGCUAAUGAUGUAAAAGACUCCCCCGGCUGCUGGGGCCGGAAAUCUCUUGAAGGUGAAGCCAAGCAAGAUAAACGGCGGACGAGGGGGCUGCUCGCAGCUCACAAUGCCCGAGCGCAUCCCCUGGUGAGAGCUCGCGGCCAGCGGAGAAGGCGGCGCGGAGGAGCCGGCGCAGGGCGGGCAGCAUGGAGCGGGCGCUGAGCCUGGCCGCGGAGGAGGACUUGUUCCACAAGACUCUCGGCGCCUCGGCCACCAGGAUGGAGGCCGCCUUCCGCGCGCCCCCGGGGCUCGACCUGAGCCACCCGCGCGAGCGCCAGCCCUCGCCCCUCAGCUGCUUCGAGCCCGGCGAGGCGGAGGGGCUGCUGCAGCCCGGGGCGGCGCUGGGGGCCGGCGACCCCCUCUCGCUGCCGGCCGGCUCGGUGUGCGGCAAGUACGGCGAGAGCACCAGCCGCAGCUCGGUGGCGGAGAGCAGCGGCGGCGAGCAGAGCCCCGACGACGACAGCGACGGGCGCUGCGAGCUGGUGCUGCGCGGGGGAGACCCGCGGGCCGCCUCGCCCGGGGCGGGGGGCGCCGGGGGGGGCCUGAAGGCGGCCGAGGGCGGCUGCUCCAACAGCCACGGCCUGGGCGGGAGCAAGAAGUCGAAGGAGCAGAAGGCGCUGCGGCUCAACAUCAACGCCCGCGAGCGGCGGCGGAUGCACGACCUGAACGACGCGCUGGACGAGCUGCGGGCGGUGAUCCCCUACGCGCACAGCCCCUCGGUGCGGAAGCUCUCCAAGAUCGCCACGCUGCUGCUGGCCAAGAACUACAUCCUCAUGCAGGCGCAGGCUCUGGAGGAGAUGCGGCGCCUGGUGGCUUAUCUCAACCAGGGCCAGGCCAUCUCGGCCGCCUCCCUGCCCAGCUCGGCGGCGGCGGCGGCGGCCGCGGCAGCCGCCUUGCACCCAGCCCUCGGUGCCUACGAGCAGGCGGCCGGCUACCCCUUCAGCGCCGGCCUGCCCCCUGCCAGCUCCUGCCCGGAGAAAUGUGCCAUUUUCAACAGCGUCUCCUCCAGCCUCUGCAAACAGUGCACGGAGAAGCCUUAAAGCCCCCGCCAGGCGCUUCCACCCGGGCAGGGCAAGGAGCUGGCAGGGGUGGGUGGGUGCGGGGGGGGGCGACUCUGGGCAAGGACUUGGGCUAAAUCCUCCGUUUCUCGUGGUUAUUAGGCUUAAGGUUUUUCUUUUCUUUUUUGGAAAGGGCCGGGGGUGGGCUUGGGGGCUUUCCUCGUGGAAGUGGUGACUUGAUCGCAACCAAGACCUCAGCGAAGUAAAAAAUCGCAAUUGUGUGUGUGUGUGUGUGUGUGUGUGUGUGUGGACACAAAGAGAGGCUGAGAAAUAGCAGCUGGGGGAGGAAAAAGGAAGCCCCCCUCCCCAGCUGAUGUAUUUCAAUCCCGCUGACUGGGGCUCGAGAACUCUGCCCCAGCGAGCUGAGGCCAGGGGGUGGGUGGCUGGCUGGCUGGGGUGCGGUGGCGGGGGCUCCAGCUGCACGGCCAUUCAGACAAAUCAGAAGGGGCACUUGCAACCAAUUUUUCUGAUGCUGAGCCAGGCGCCAAACAAACUUGAAACGCAGACUUCUUGUUUAAACGAAACCAAGAGCCUGAACCGUUGCUAUGAAAGACUGACUUGUAUUUUUUAUUGUCUCUGAACUUUGAUCCUGUGAAAAUGCGCGAAGUUUUGGCGAGAGUGAUUUAAAGAGCGAGCGAGCGAGAAACACCCUACUCCGUGUGGCUGAAAGUGUUGCAUUUUUAAAACAAAUAUUUAUGUGCACCUUGUUUCUUUCCACGUUGCAAUGAUGUAUAAACAAGACAUGAUAUUUAUUUGUUCUUCUUUCAAGGACCCUUCCACGCCAACAAUAUUUAUCAUGUGUUUAGGUCACGGGUCUUAUGUGCAGUUUUUUUUAAAAUGCUUCUAAAAUUCUGUUUUAUGGAUUAACUUAAACUGUGUGCCAAGUGUUUAAAACGUUUAUUUGCCAACAAGGUAUACGCAGAACUAUUGCUGUAUCGGAGCUGCUUAGGUUGAUGAAAGGUCGUCUGGAUUUUAAGUUGCAUCAUCCCUGUAUUUCAAUUGAGCUUUAAUAAAUUGCUUCAGUCCAAAAAUCACAGGAAAGGUGUAUUCUUAAUUCUCAAUUAACUGACUUUUUAAAAGGGGGAUUCUUUGCAUUAUAAAGGGUAAUAGCGAUUUACUUUUACAAGGCAUCAAAGCAAUAGCUCCUAUGAGGGGGAAAAAAACACUUGCUAAGCUCAUGUGUUCCCAGACGCUGGUUUUGUUUUUGGUUUUUUGUUUGUGUGUGUGUGUGUGUGUGUGUUCCCCAAAGGUAUAGUUUAAUUGCUCUCAAUAUGUAUGUAAAUUAACCUGACUGUGGAUGAUUAUUUAAAUUGAAAUACUUCGGGCUGAUUUACAGAACGUGUGAUUUUUUUUUUUAAUCUAAAGCAAAAUAAAAUAAGGAGAAGAGCAAAAAGUGGCUAUUUACCCAAAGUGAGCUUUCAGUCUGAGUUUGCAUGGCUGGGUAGCUGUCUCUCUGCCAUUUGUA